ACGGUAAAUUGAAAACAAAAUCCCCACUUUAUAAUUUAGUUUCAAAUCCGUCACCAGAAAAAAAGGGAAAAAAAAGAAGAAGAAGAAAGUUCGCACUCGCGAGUCUCUGACACACUCCGAGCCCCAAUUCUGCUCCCACUGCUCUCUCUCCCUCUCUUUCUCUUCGGUAAUCACCGUUCAAUUCCGUGGUCUUCAGUACGGUUAACGAAUCGGAAAUUCUCUUUGCAACGGCGUCGUUUCUCAGUGUCUGUUUAAGCUGAAUCGAGCAAUCUUUGGCCUGCUUCGCUCUCCGAUUGGCUGGGAUUUGUUUAGGGUGCUUCUUUGGAAUUGGUAGCGGUUUCAUUAUUUGGGUGGUAAACUGGCUAUGGAUUACGAGCCGUACGAUAGCAGUGGAACAGAUGAUGAUCUUCCUCCAACACAUCAAAACAGAAUUCCUCGAGGAGGCCGUGUUGCUGGGAAUGGAAGAUCUGCCGUGGGCUCCGUCCCAUAUCCUAGGAUGUAUGGUGAGACUGAUAUGGAAACCCAAAUUCACCAACUUGAGCAAGAAGCAUACAGUUCAGUUUUAAGAGCCUUCAAAGCUCAAGCCGAUGCCAUUACUUGGGAGAAGGAAAGUUUAAUAACAGAACUCAGAAAAGAGUUGAGACUAUCAAAUGAGGAGCACAGAGAGCUUUUAGGGCGGGUUAAUGCAGAUGACGUCAUACGGAGGAUAAGGGAGUGGAGACAGGCAGGUGGUCAUCAAUCUGCCAUGCUGAGUACAGGUCAAGCUGUUCAUGAUCCUGUACCCAGUCCCACUGUCUCUGCAUCUCGCAAGAAACAGAAGAUAACCCAUUCGGUCCCUUCACAAUCCUAUGGUGGGCCAUCUCCACCAUUUCACCAACCAGCCAUUGCUACAUCUCACCAGCCAUCCUCGUCGACAGCAAAGCGAGGAUCACUGCCAGGACCCAAGGCAAAGAAGCAGAAACCUGGUACAGUGUUACCCGUUGCAUCUUCAAUGAAGCAGUACCCUCUGUCCGGUCCAAGUGGGAGGGGUCAAGUUGCUAAUAGAGUUUCUUCUGCUGCUGUUGCGAGUCAGCCUCCUGAAGGAGCGACAUUGGAUCCAUUGAUUGGGAGGAGAGUGAGGACCAGGUGGCCAGAUGACAAUAACUUUUAUGAAGCUGUCAUAACUGACUACAAUCCUGUUGAGGGGCGACAUGCUUUGGUCUACGAUAUUGGCUCAGCCAAUGAGACAUGGGAGUGGGUCAAUCUUUCAGAGAUCUCUUCUGAAGAUAUUCAAUGGGUAGGGGAGGAUCCUGGAAUCUCCCAUCGAUCUGGUUAUGGUGGAUUUGGUCAUGGGAUUAAUAGAUCUGUAGGCCACGACAGUAUUCCAAGUGUAGGACGAGGUAGGGGGGUUACAAAGGGCCAUUCCAGAAAAGAUUUUCUGCCAUCACAAAAUGGCAUUGGAAAGAAGGCCCCAGAGGAUAUAAAAAUUCUUCAGACAGAAACUCUGAUCAAGGAGGUAGAGAGAGUGUUUGGUGCAAUUCAUCCAGAUCCUCUUGAAAUUGAAAAAGCCAAGAAAAUGUUGAAGGAACAAGAGCAAGCACUUAUUGAUGCAAUUUCAAGGCUUAAUGAGAUUUCUGAUGGCGAAAGUGAUGAGGGUGGCCGCCAAUUCUCGCUUGGGCAGUCAAUGGAUCGAGAAUGAUUAGGGACUGGUUCUGACAGUAAGCAGCAGGGCACAUGCUCGUGGUGAUACAAGGUUUGGAGGGUUAUAAGAUGCCCAGUGAUAAGACUAAAAUCAAACAUCUGAUAUUAGAGCUACUUUCUAGGAUAAUGCCAUCUUCCAAUUUAAUGAAAGGAAACAUUAAAUUUAUUUUAGCUGGGUAGUAAUUUAUUUGUUAAACAGUAAGAGUUCACGUAGGAUAGGCUGAUACUGGUGUACAUUUCUUGAUUAGUGACUAACUGAUCGUGUACAAAUUUAUCUCA